AUGAGUAUCCCGCCCAAUAAGGGCCCGAAAGACUUAGUGGAGGCGUUGGCAGUGAGCCCCUACUAUCACUUGAUCCCCAAACAGGAAAUAACGACCUUUUUAUCCUUCUUCAGCCUAGAGCAUCCUUCGGUUUCAUCACUCGUUCCCAAUGAUAGACUACAUGAGACCGUGUCUAAAUCCGUUGAAGCGAUGUCAAACGAUCCCGAGGCGUAUAAGGAUGCAAUUGACACGCUUGUACAGAAAUUCAACGGGUUCUCAGGAGAAGACCUAGAUGAUAUCAAGUUCAAGAAGCCUAUCAUUGCAAGUGAGGGAGUCGCCUCUGACAUCAAUCUAACACUGUCUACCUUGUACUCACGAAUUAUUGACAGUACAAAAAUCUUCAAUGACGACAUAAUUGAGGACACUGCUAACCUUGGAACACCUCCAUGCCUUGGUAGAAACAUACGGCCAGAUGCUGAUAGAGAACUAUCACGUCAACAGUACGAAAGGCUAAUUGCCGAGGAAUUCGGCGGAGAAGAAAAAAAGACAAAGCGGUUAUUAUAUCAUCUGUCAGCGUUCAUCAGGAAGAGGGCAAAAAUUGAUAAAUAUCAGCUAGCUGAUGCCACCAUAUUUGAGUUUUAUGAUCUUUUGGAUGGCAUUGGCCUAGAAUGUACAAGUGACUUGGGUGGACCGCUUACAAAAUGCAACUUGGAUACAUUAUUUCGUCUUUUGACUCGCCUUUUGGAGUCGAACAAGUUGCAGGAGCUACAUUCAGAUUACCUCCGCACGCUUCAAAAGCUUUGCCUCAAUCAAUUGCAAGUAUGCCCUUCAGAAACGCCGCAAGCCAUAUUGGCGGCAAGAAUUUUGAUGCUAGUCAUCUCCGUAAAGGGCUUGGACAAGGAUCUUUAUAUGGAGACAUAUAUUGUUAAAGUUGUUGACUUCGUCUCCAAUUUGCUCGCUCGCAAUCAUUCAAAGGGAGACUCUGAGAUGACUCAUGAGGAGAUUGCAGGCUUAUCUAAAUUGGUGAAUGAGUUGAGCUGUUACAUAUCUUCUCGCACUACCGACGAGCAAAUUUUGACAAAGAUGGAGUAUGCAUGCUUGAACAAGAUGUUCAGCGUAAGUGAGGAAGCUCAAAGUCAUGACUUAAUCUUCUGCUUGAUUCUGCUACUACUUUGCAUUUUUGAAAACUAUCAUCAGCAAAGAGUAUUUUUGGUCCAUGAGAUGUUAAACAACUUUACUCAUUUGCAGAAAGACUGUUGCAUAAAGCAAGCAAAAGGAGUCUCAACAUUCACAUAUACACUUGUGAGGAUGAUUCAGUCUUUUGAAGUCCAGUUCCCGAAAGAUUUUGAGAAUUAUUUGCUUAUGCCCAAGUCAAGUAUUCCGUCAGCUCCUGUGAAUACUAAACGUAAGGACCUCCUCGAAACUCUUGCAGUAGCCUUCGACGAGUCAAAACUGAUAGCCAGAAUGAUCUCUACGUUCUGCGUCGAGACGCUUCAAAAUACAGAGAGGAGGUCUAGAAUUGCAUUUGAUAUAUUGGUAGACGAUCUUGUGAAAUUGCUUGAGUCACCUGAAUACCCUGGAGCGGUUUGCAUCUCUUCAACCUUGCUAUCACAUUUAGUUGAGGCUCUUAGAGGAAAUCAAAUUCCAAGUGCCAACGAGCCCCUUGCGCUCGAAUUGUUGGGUCGUAUCGGUGCCUAUAUACUCAGAGCUCAAUCUUAUAACAACGUGAUCACCUCUUUUGAUGGCCCAUUGAAUCCAUCUGAAGUUACUGAGCUAAAAGAUUUGAUGUUAAGCGUAAUAUAUGCAUCAUCGUCUCCAAGGGGCUACACCACGCUAGUUAUCUUUGCAAAAAUGCAUAGCCUUCUAUCGAGAGCGUCUUCUGGAGCAUCGCAGCAUGGCUUUUUUUACACGGACCCGAGUGAGAGAAGCAAAGCUAGUGAUGCAGAGAUUGCUCUAUACGAUGCCAUUGAUGUGCUUCUAGUGUCGUCUUCAAAAAAACAAGCACACGGUAAUCAUGACUCGCUGUCGUACACUAAGCUUGCACUUGCCCUCCAGCUCAACUCACUGUAUAACGACUUCUUGAGUUCGUUGACCGAAUGUCUCGAGAGUACCAAGGUUAGGCUCAAUACAAAGGCUGUCAAGGUCUUGUCUGACUUAAUUGAGAUUGACGCGAGUGUUCUUAAGCUCCCGAAGAUCAGCACAUCUAUAUCAAAACUUUUGGAAAGUGAUGCAGCGUCGUCACGGGAUGCGAUUCUUGAGUUAUUGGCGAAAUACAUCUCUAUUCAUAGCGAUCUUCUAGAGAGAUACUAUAUGCCUAUUUGCGCAAAAACCACAGACGAGAGUAUAGCGGUAAGGAAAAGGGUUAUCAGGAUCAUCAGAGAUUUUCUUCCAAUUACGGAUGACAUUAAAAUCAAAGCACAGUAUUGCAUUGGGUUAAUGAAGAACCUACAGGAUGUCGAGGGAAACAUAAAGGAUCUUGCCAAAGAAACUUUGUACAAAAUUUUACUCUCACCGGAUGAUAAUAAUCUUAAGGAAGUCAUUGAAAUCAUGGUGAGUAUCUUAGGUCAUACCUCGCAAACUCAAAGAGCGUUUGAGCACUAUAUUCUUACCAGCACAAAAGAUAAAAAACACACUCUUGAUACGAAGUUGCUCAAGCGCCUCACGGAAUCAGCGUUAGAAUCUGCGACGAGUCUCUUUGACACUGUCGAUGAAAAAGUCUCAGAAAAUGCAUUAAAGCUUGUCUUUAUAUUCUCCGACCAAGGACUCAACAUUGUGAGUCAAGAAGCCGUCCAUUCUCUACAGCCAUACAUCAUGCCGAGCAAUGUUGGACAACAUGCUUGCUUCUACGCAUUAAAGAUCAUACGCUCGUGGGUCUCAACGUGCAAAAGAGUGACGUUUUCGUUCGCUGAACAAAUCGAAGACGUCAUUCUUAAACAUUUAACGAGAUACUCGUCGAUUGAACUCCAUGAGGCUGUUCAAAUUUUGGAUCAUUUAUCAAAAAAGGCUAAACGCUCCAAGAGAGUCGCUUAUGCACUUUGUUCAUGUAUUAAACUGUUGACAACCAACAUGAGGAGUAAGUGUGCUAAUGAAGAUCCUAUCGUUGCUAAGCUUAUUCAAAUAAUUGGGAGCUUUGGUGCAUUUUGUGAUUUCGAGGACUCAAGAGAAAUAAUUCGAACGGUGGAAGUUGGUCUCAAAGAAGAAGAGACGGUUGUCAGUCUUAUCUUGAGGCUAAUUCUCCAUUUUACAAGCGUCAAGGACCUUCAAGUUCGAACUUCUGCCAUGAGGAGUAUGUUGUUAACAUGCACCAACCAUCCAAAGAUGUUUCUUCUGAAGCCAAUAUUGCUGGUUCUUAAAAGUGAAUUUCAAAAUGGAACGCAUAAGAUGAAACUUACAAUUCUUGAAGGAUUCAAUACUUUUCUCAAAAAGGAAGAGACGGAUUCUAAUCGAAGAAACCUUGAUGAAUCGUGCUCCUCAGAAAAGAAACUCAAUGUCGAUGUAUUUUAUGGGAUGUCACAAAGCAACAUAAAUGAUGGAGUAAUUUCGAGCUUGAUUCAAGGGUUUAUCAAUCCAGCUCUUGAGUUAUGCUUGCAAGAUGCCAGCUCUCUCGCAAUUGUUCCCACAAAGUUCAUCGAACUCAUCAUUAAAUUAGGAUUUGCGAAUCCUAAGAUAUGUGCCCCCACGAUCAUUGCCUUGGAGGCAUCACCCAACAAAUUCGUCAGGAGAAUCGCUACAACUUUGCAUCAGGAUAUCUUUGACAAGCAUGAGUCCCUCGCUGAUAGAAACUACGGUGAAGCCUUCAAACUUGCGGUUAAAUACAACAGGAGAGUGAACAGCGAUGAGUUCUUGAAAAGCAUACUGUUCUUGCGUACGGUGUAUCGAGUUGUGAACCGUAACUACUCAAGCAAAAAGAGGUUCAUUCAUUCGUUGACUCGUUUAUUCGCUUUCGAUUCCAAAUGCACUGACCUCGUUGCCAGCAUCGAUACCCGAGAUAUCAUAGUAUUUCUAGCCGUAAAUCUUUCAGUGCUUCCAUUUCUGUCCAUUGAAGAGGUUUGCUUGGUGUUAUACAAUUUGGACAGAAGCAUCACACAAGAGGGCAUGGAUUUAGUGGACAGGGUGACAUCAACGGUUGGCUCCCAAAACGAGGACACGUUAAUUGUGGAAACCUUACAGCUUCUUUUUGUGCACUCACAAAGCACAUUGGCACUAAUUUACCUUCGGCAAACGCUCUCAGCUGCAUAUGCCAUUCCACAUUCGCUUAUGGAGACUUAUCUGCCCACGAGGCCAGACGUGGAACUUCGUCAACCACCAAAAGCUAUUACGUUAAUUGACUUCCCUCUUGAGCAUCUUGAAAUGGACGUAAAGCUAUCUCAACCUGGAAGGUUUGGCUCUCUAUUCACGAGAUUCGUAACAUCGAUGAGAGACUAUACUUUAUAA